CAAAUGUCAAAACAUGCAUUUCUGCAGUCGUGUGUGUAGUUUUUGGCUGGCGGGUUUCACGUGGAGAAGAGUUCACACUUCAGAGUGACACCAAACGCUCGGCAGCGUCACGCUUUUCAAAGGGCGUCUGUGGGAUGUUGUUGCCAUAGUAACAGCAGCAGCCCUCAGGGCUCACCUGCGGCUGUCAUGUGUGUGUUCCCUCAUGACCUGCACAGGUAGAGACGCCCCAGACACACACACACACACACACACACACACUCGACAUGGAGACGGUGAAGAGCUCUUCUCAGCCCGCUUACAGCCGCUGGUCGUACAGAGCCUCCAGUUCUUCCAGCUUCGCGUCCGCCGCCAUGACCAGUACGCUGGAGGACGACAGUCUGAACCUCAGACAGCAGAAACUGGAGAAACAGAGGGCGCUGCUGGAGCAGAAGCAGCGGCGGAAGCGUCAGGAGCCGCUGAUGGUCCAGCCGAACUCAGAGGGACGUCCGCGGCGCUCGCGGCCCCGCCGCAGUGAAGAACAAGCGCCGCUCGUGGAGACGCACCUCAGCACUGCCAGUGACAUCAUCCUGGACGGUAUCGAUGGGCCUGCGGCUCUGCUGGGUUCAGAAGCUCCAGAUCUGGGCAGUAAGAUCCAGGUUCUGUCGGUCAGUCCACCGCAGCAGCCCUCGCCGCCCGCCGCAGAAGAGCCGGAGACAGACGCCGACACCGACACACUGCUGGAGCCCAAAACUGACAUACACACACUGCUGCAGAGACGCGGACUGUCUGGCAGCAUGAACUACGACGAGGCCAGCGAGGAAGAUGAUGAUGAAGCUGAAGAGCAAAGCCGAUCGCUGUCACCGAACACAGAGAGCACUCGUCCUGCGUCGGCCUCCAGCACCAAAUCCACCACGGAGUGUCUCCCGGUGGGUUCUCCGUCGGCUGAGGGCUCCUCCGUUGAGGUGGAUAAUCUGGAGGAGUUUGUUCUCCGUCCGGCUCCGCGGGGAGUCACCGUCAAGUGCCGCAUCUCGCGGGAUAAGAAGGGCAUGGACCGCGGCCUCUAUCCCACGUAUUACAUGCACCUGGAGAGAGAAGACGGCAAGAAGGUUUUCUUAUUGGCCGGACGCAAGAGGAAAAAGAGCAAAACAUCCAACUAUCUGAUCUCUGUAGACGCCACAGAUCUGUCCCGUGAGGGCGAGAGCUUCAUAGGAAAACUGAGGUCUAAUCUGAUGGGAACCAAGUUUACUGUGUACGAUAACGGCACGAAUCCCUCGAAAACCCCCGGAGCGCUGCUGGAGGAGACCAACACACGGCAGGAGCUCGCUGCCAUCUGCUACGAGACCAAUGUUCUGGGCUUCAAAGGGCCACGGAAGAUGACCGUCAUCAUUCCCGGCAUGAACAUGAAUUUCGAGCGGGUUCCGGUUCGGCCGGCAUGUGAGCAGGAGUCUCUGCUGAGUAAAUGGCAGAAUCACUCGCUGGAGAAUCAGAUCGAGCUGCAUAAUAAAGCGCCGGUGUGGAACGACGACACGCAGUCCUACGUGCUCAACUUCCACGGCAGAGUCACGCAGGCCUCCGUCAAGAACUUCCAGAUCGUCCACGACAACGACCGUAAGUCACCUCAGUACACCAGUGUGAGGUAUUAUAUAGAUUUAUACCCUGGUCUGCCUGGAUACUGGAUUCUGAUUGGCUGGUAGUUAUGCAGUAAAACC